AUGGGAUAUUUAAGAGGCUGUAUGAGAGGAAAAACUUUAGAAUGGUUCGAUGAAGAAAUUACUACAAAGCAAAAUUGGGAAUUAGCAAACUUACUUAAUAAUACAGGGCAAGCUAACAUAGUAGCUCUAGGGAAUGCAAUAGUUAAGUUAAGAGCUGUAAAAGGUAGACAAGCCGACUAUAAAUCUGAAGAAUUACGUAAAAAGUUCUUAAAUGCUCUUCCACUUUCAUGGCUUGAAAAAGCUGAAGAUAUCACUGUCACUCAAAAAGCUCAAGUGCCUGCUUCACAGAUAGUAGAACAAGUUAGACAACCGAGAGGUCCUCCUUUAUCAUUGCAAUCAGAAGAAGAUCUUAAAAAUUAUUAUAUAGCUGAAUAUUUAAAAGAAUUAGAUUUAUUAAAUAAGAAUAAUUUAGACUCAGCUUAUUCUAUUGAUAAAAUAGAAAAUGCAAUCAAUGAAGAUAAAGAUGUGGUAAAUCAAUUAACUAAUCAAUUACAAAAACCUUUUACACCUAUAAAUUUCCAAAACACACUACCAGAUUUGGAUAAUGAGGAAGAAGGUUAUGAUGAAGAAAAUAAUAGAAAGACCUAUGUUAUUCCAACUUAUAGCAAGGCUCUAGUAGCUAAAGAUCUGCCAAAAGAGGAGCAGGAAUCAUCAUCUUAG